AUUAAAUACGGAAGGUGGAAGCAAUGACUGAAGGCGUCAUUGAAACCUAUGAAUCAUAAAAAUAUUUUUAAUUCGUUUGUUUACUAUUUUAAAUGGACUUUCUUGUUUUUCAACCAAGAGUUUACGUAUCGUGUCCACUAAAGCAAGAUGUGCCGAACUAAAGGUCAUGUAAAAUAUUUACCAGCAGUGAAAAAUGUUAAGCUUGUGGAAUGUAAGGUUUGAAACCCCUACUAAGAACUGUUUAGUUUGAGCCUAUUCUAAUGGGGAAGUGCUUGUCUUGUUGUGAGCCAGUUAACUCCAGUUCUAAUUCUUCCUGUGAUGACAACCUUAGUGGACUUGCUGUUGGUGGGGGUGACAACACUAAAAGCCAAGAAAUCAGUCAAGCGAAGGAAGCUAAACGUUCACAAACCUCAAGCGCUAACUACAAAUCUCAGCUUAGCAGCUCGAGCAAAGCAUCAAAUCCUUCUUCAGCUGAAGCGUCGGGCAAGAAAAUGUUUCCCACCUACUCCAAAAUCCCACCCAUUAAAAAACAAGCCAAUGGAGACAGCAAACGUUUGUCGUUGCUCUGCCGAGAUUACUCUGAGCAGGAUAUUCAUAACUUGUUUGAAGCUUACCGUGAUAUUAGCCAUGAUAUGAUUCUUGCCGAAGGAAUUGAAACAUUUUGUAAGGACCUGGAUGUAAAACCUGAAGAAUUUAUUGUAUUGAUUUUAGCCUGGAAAUUCCAGGCUGCAACAAUGUGCUGCUUUACAAGAGAGGAGUUUGUUCAAGGUUGUAAAUGUCUCAAAGUUGAUUCUGUCAAAGGGAUUCGCUCUAAAUUUAAUGACCUUCUCUUAGAAGUUCAAAACAAGCAGAAUUUUCGAGAUUUCUAUCGAUGGACGUACAAAUUUGGGCUAGAAUCUGGGCAAAGGACUUUGCCAAUAGAUAUGGCUAUAAUUCUUUGGAAACUUAUAUUCACUCGGACAGAACCUCCAAUCCUUAAACAUUGGCUAGAUUUCCUUGCCAAGCAUCCUGACAUCAGAGGCAUUCCAAAAGACACCUGGGACAUGUUUUUAAAUUUCACUGAACAAGUUGGGGAUGACCUAUCUGCAUAUGACGACACAGAAGCUUGGCCAAGUCUCUUUGAUGACUUUGUCGAGUAUGAAAACGAUUUCAGAAAUCAGAAUGUGAAAACUGACUGAGUGUUCUUUCUAUCUAGUCAAUAGAAUGAUAAACUCUCCCCAAACACCCCACCCCCACUCCAAUUACUAUGUUUCAUCACAUGUUGCUAUUUUUAGCUUCAAAACUGAGUUAAGAAUAGUAUUUAAUUUUUUCUGCAAAUUAAAUACACAAAUGGAACAAAAUAUCUGUGUAUAAAGGAACUUUAGUCAAAAGAUGAUGUUUUUUCAUAUUGGAAGAAUAUUACAUUUUAGAUUGUUUCUUUCUGAACCUGAAGCCAAAUUGUAUCUCUGCUUUUUCUUCAAGUGAAAUGGUAAUUGGUACUUUAUUUAAAAGGUCAGUGUGUGACAUAGUUGGGCUUAAAAUAAAGGGGGACUGUGUCAGUUGUCAACACCAAAGUGCACUUCCCCUCAUUGGUGCAUUUUUUCUCCCUCUCCUCUAUCCUCUUUCUCUGCUCCCCUCCCAUAAAUUCUUUCUGUCUCUGCACAAAUUUGUUUCCAGUUUUGCAUUGUCCAAAUUAUUUAUUAGCAAAUUAAUGUCUUACGACAACAUAAUUCUGAGAACUAAAUGACUUCCACCUCUGUUUCUUCUCUCUGUCAGAGUUGUGUGUGUGUGUGUCUAUGCAUAUCUGCGCAUGUACGUAUGCAGGGUCUGUGUCUUCUUUCAACUAGCACAGACACUUCUCCCAGAUUCUUUUAGCUGUGGUCUGAUGAGUUGUCUCGCUAUGACUAAUCUCUCUCCCUGCUCUCUCAAAAAUUUUUGCCUUUCCAGGCAUAUUCCCCCAAUCCAAUUUUUACUUUGGACUAAACUGUUUUCAAAUUUUCUUUACUAUUCUUAUAAAAUAUUGAGAAUUUGUUAGCCGUCCGCCAUCAAAUCUUCAAAUACACAAUAUAAUUUUUCAAAUUAUCAUUUGUAUUUAUUUUCAUUUACCUUUUUUAUUGUUGUUUUAAAUAUCCAAAUAAAAUUCCUAAAUGCCCUUUACUUUCGUAAAUCUACUCCUCCCAUUUAAAAAUAAAGGGUUACUCCAUAAAUUAGAAAGGCCCUACUUUUCUCCCAAACCUUUCGUUAUUGAAAUACAUCUUUCAUGAUUUAUCAAACAACUAGUAUCAUCUUCAUCUUCAUUAAAGUGAAUCCCUACAUCAUCAUCAUCAUCAACAUUAUCAUCAUCAAUUUAGGAAAUCAUUUCCUACAUUAAUGUAGAAUUCUUUGGGUACUUUCUGAUUUAUAUUUUAAUAGUAAAACAGUAAGAUCUCCUGUUCUUUCAGCCAUGGCAGCAAUAUUAGAAUAUAGAGGGGAUCUUCUUACAGAUUCCUGAUCAACAGGCUGCUCCAAGCACUAGUAUGCUGCUCUCACUUAUAUUGGUCCUUGCCCAGUGUGUGUGGACAUUGUCAUAUGCUAGCAACAAAUAGUUGGGGACAAUGAGUGAGAGUUUAGCAGCAUAUGGUGAGGGAAGGAGCAGAGUGGAUCAGUUAGGCCAUCUUCAAAUGCCCAACAGCUUUGUAACCUCUUAUGAUUACAUGCACACACACACACGUGCACACAUACAUAACUAUUGAUAUAAAAAGAAAUUAUGUAUAAAACAUGAAUGACUAUAUCAAACUCAAUAAUUAGAUUGUUAUGUUCCGACACAUAACAUUGCAGUAAAUCCAGUGGAAAAAGCUUAUAUUAUAAAUGGCUAAAAUGAUCAUUAUGAGCUAUAUAUAUUUAGAAUAAAAAGCAGGAAAGCAUAAAUUUAACAGAUAGUUUGGGAUUUAAUUACUUUCAACAGCUGUUUCAUUAGGAAUGAACAUCAUUAACUCCAUAAUUUUGAAAUUUAGAUACAUAAUUAAUUUAAAGCAAUGCUUAUCCAAAAUCAUCAGAGAUAUGGUCUAUGCUAAUGAUAGGCUGAUGCUGGGAUAAACAUAGCUUCAGAUUAAUGAUUUAAUAUAUACUAAUCGAUUCUGCAUCUUAAUUAUGUAAGUGUGGAAUUAAUGAUGUUUAUUUCUAAUGAAACAGCUAUUGAAAGUAAUUAAAUUAUAAACUGUGAAAUUUAUGCUUUUCUACUUUUAUUCCACACACACACACACACACACCACAUACAACAUGCUUAAUAUGUCAGAGCUAGCUCUAACAUGCUACGAUUCUUUGAAAUUACUGUUCUUAUAUCCAAGAUAACUAAGGACUGGCUUCAUUUGUGGUCUGUUGGUUUGUGUUUUGGCACCAGCACCACACCAUAAUCACAGGCCACUUUCUAGCUUUCUUAUUCACCAGAUUGGCAAUAUUUCUUACUGUAAUAAACACUGACAGACUCCAAUAUUUGGGUUUACUGUGACUCCUUUUCCAAUCUAAAGUUGUGCAGGAGCUAUGGCUUUUAAUUAUAGAUUGUAUAAGACUGUAUGACUAGUAAGCCCUAUCUAAUUUUAGUUACUACUAAUUGGAUAAAUAGAACAAUAAUAAUAUGACUAUAUAUAAUUAGUCAACCUAUUACAGUAAUAGUAAUGAGAAUACAUUUUAAACAAUUUGGACAAAUGUUCUAUACAUUUCCAACCUUGGGUUUUUUUUCCUCUUUGGUCUGUCCCGAUGUGACAAUCUUCUUCAGUGGUUUCAACUAACCAGCAGGCUAUUUCUGCAACAAGUCUCACAGCCUCAUCAUGGUUGCUGUUCAGAUAUUGGACUAUGUUUAUUUUGUUUUGUCUGGUUUUAUUUAUUUGUGUGGGUGGUUGUGUGUGUGUAUGUAUGCAUGUGUGAGUAUUUGUGUGCAUGACCAAGCUUGUUUGCUCGAGUUAAUUCAACUUUAGCCUCUUUGUCUCCACAGAUGAUACUUGGCCCACACAAUAAAACAUGUUACUUUGACAUAACAAUGAAAUUUC